ACUUGGCAGCUCUGGGAUCCGGCGCGGUGCCCGGGGGCUGCCCGGCAGGAGCCAGAGCCCCGCGCUGUCCCGGUCGCUCACUCUCGCAGCCACUCCCUCGCAGCCACGCCGGGCGCGCACUCCCACUGCCUCUCCGCGCGCGGCUCCGGGGCGCGAUGGACGCGGCACUGCUCCACAGCCUGCUGGAGGCCAACUGCAGCCUGGCUCUGGCCGAAGAGCUGCUCCUGGACGGCUGGGGGCCGCCCCCGGACCCCGAGGGUCCCUAUUCCUACUGCAACACGACCUUGGACCAGAUCGGGACGUGCUGGCCCCAGAGCGCGGCCGGAGCCCUCGUGGAGAGGCCGUGCCCGGAGUACUUCAACGGCGUCAAAUACAACACGACCCGGAACGCCUACCGAGAAUGCUUGGAGAAUGGGACGUGGGCCUCAAGGAUCAACUACUCACAGUGUGAGCCCAUUCUGGAUGACAAGCAGAGGAAGUACGACCUGCACUACCGCAUCGCCCUCGUCGUCAACUACCUGGGCCACUGUGUUUCCGUGGCAGCCCUGGUGGCCGCCUUCCUGCUGUUCCUGGCCCUGCGGAGCAUCCGCUGUCUGCGGAACGUGAUUCACUGGAACCUCAUCAGCACCUUUAUCCUGCGGAAUGUCAUGUGGUUCCUGCUGCAGCUCAUCGACCACGAAGUGCACGAGAGCAAUGAGGUGUGGUGCCGCUGCAUCACCACCGUCUUCAACUACUUCGUGGUGACCAACUUCUUCUGGAUGUUCGUGGAGGGCUGCUACCUGCACACGGCCAUCGUCAUGACCUACUCCACCGAGCGCCUGCCCAAGUGGCUCUUCCUCCUCAUCGGAUGGUGCGUGCCCUGCCCCAUCAUCGUCGCCUGGGCCAUCGGCAAACUCUACUAUGAGAAUGAACAGUGCUGGUUUGGCAAGGAGCCCGGCGACCUGGUGGACUACAUCUACCAGGGCCCCAUCAUCCUCGUGCUCCUGAUCAAUUUUGUAUUUCUGUUCAACAUCGUCAGGAUACUAAUGACAAAAUUACGAGCAUCCAGCACGUCCGAGACGAUCCAGUACAGGAAGGCGGUGAAGGCCACCCUGGUCCUCCUGCCCCUCCUGGGCGUCACCUACAUGCUGUUCUUUGUCAAUCCCGGGGAGGACGACCUGUCGCAGAUCGUGUUCAUCUACUUCAACUCCUUCCUGCAGUCGUUCCAGGGUUUCUUUGUGUCUGUCUUCUACUGCUUCUUCAAUGGAGAGAGCUGGGUGAGCAGGGGAGCCCAGGCUCUAGGUCCUCAUGGAAGGGAGAAGCCAGCCAGAACAGAGGUGGUAACAGGAGGAAGCUUCCAGAAAGAGAUGAGCUGUGUGCCAUGCAAUCAGGUGCGCUCGGCCAUUAGGAAGAGGUGGCACCGCUGGCAGGACCAUCACUCCCUCCGAGUCCCCGUGGCUCGGGCCAUGUCCAUCCCCACGUCACCCACGCGGAUCAGCUUCCAUAGCAUCAAGCAGACGGCCACCGUGUGACUCCUUGGCCGCCUGUCCCAUCACUGCUCCCCGUCCUCCGCCGCCCUCCUGGCUGUCCCUGCUGUGCAGGCUCUGGUGGGGCAGGGGCAGGGAGGGCAGCCACCAGGGCUGCAGCCUGGCAGGGAGGAGGUGGCACAGCAGCAAAAGGGGACUCCGUGGGACCAGGGCCAGCCGGGGGGCCACGGGCUCUGUGCGACAGGAGCAGGGGAGUCACAGGAGCCCCUGAGCAGAGCGAGUCGGAUGUCUUCAGGCGUUGCCAAUCCCAGCUCCUCUCGCCAGAGCCU